GAAAGCGACUCCGAAGCCUUGGAACCGGGUUUGCCACAACAACGGACCGAAUUGUCUGCGUCCCGUCCGUGAAGCGCACCAUACCGCUCCGGAGUCUUAGGGUUCUCUCACCUCUCCUGUCCUGUGCGACGCAGAUCCGGCGCAGCCGAGCCGUCGAGAGCCAACAACACCACACCCUCCCAACCAAAAAGGUCGCAAACAUGCCCCUCCCUGCCGGUGUCUACCGCGCCGACCAUGUCGGCUCCUUCCUCCGCCCCAAACCCAUCCUCACCGCCCGGGAGACCCUAGACACGGCCAACCCGAUCUCGCCGUCGGACCUGCGCGCGCUCGAGGAUGAGCACAUCGCCACGGUCGUGCAGAAGCAGAUCGCCAGCGGCCUGCAGUCGGUGACGGACGGCGAGUUCCGUCGCGCGUGGUUCCACAUCGACUUCCUGCAGCACCUGGCGGGCGUCGAGCGGCAUGGCAGCCUGUCGUCGACCAACGUCACGUCGCACGGCGUGACACCGCCCAAGAUUGUCGUGGUCGGCAAGCUGGGGCAUCCGGAGGCCGUGCAGGUCAAAGACUACCAGUAUGUGGAGGCGGUGCGGUCGCGGUUGGUUGAUGCUGCGGGCGGCAAGAAGGAGGAGAAGGUCACCACCACCAAGGUGUGCAUCCCCAGCCCGACGAUGGUGCAUUUCCGCGGCGGCAGGGAGGCCAUCUCGACCGAGGUGUACCCAACGCUGGAUGAGUUCUUCGAGGACCUGGUCAAGGUGUACCAGGCCGAGAUCGCGGACCUGUACGCUGCCGGAUGCCGGUUCGUGCAGCUGGACGACACCAACCUGGCGUACCUAUGCGACGAGGGCAUGCGGGCCGAGGCGGCGAAGCGCCACGGCGAGGAUCCCCAGAAGCUGACCAAGCAGUAUGCGGCGCUGAUCAACGCGGCCAUCAGCCAGCGGCCGAAGGACAUGGUGAUUGGCAUCCAUCUAUGCAGGGGCAACUUCCGCUCGCAGUGGUUCGCCGAGGGCGGGUAUGAGCCCGUCGCGGAGGUGCUGUUCAGGGAGCUGAACGUCGAUGUGUACUUCCUCGAGUAUGACGACGCGCGGUCGGGCGACUUCUCGCCGCUGCGCUUCCUCCCGGAGAACAAGAUCGUCGUGCUUGGCGUCAUGUCCAGCAAGAAGGCUGAGCUGGACGACAAGGAGGACAUCGUCAGGCGGUUGAACGAGGCGGCCAAGUUCUGUCCCCGCGGUCUGGACCAGUUGUGUCUGUCACACCAGUGUGGGUUCAGCUCGACGAUGGAGGGUAACGACCUGACGGAGGAGCAGCAGUGGGCGAAGGUCAGGCUGGAGGUGGAGAUUGCGAAGCAGGUUUGGGGCGACGAUCUAUCGGCAUGAGCUGGUCAUGUUGGGCUAGUGGGCUUGAAGGGGAGCAUCGGGAACUUUUCAACAUUAGAUACCCUGCGCAUUUUGCGCCUUUUUCAACAUUGGGAAGUUGGCGGAAUUCUUGGCAGUAAAACGACCAGUCUGGGCCAGUGACGAAGGCGGCGCUGUCUGCUCCGAGUUUGUAGAUCCAUGUAGCAGUUUGUAUAUAGGAACGCCACAUACAGCAGACGAUUUUUGGAUUAUCCGUUGGGCCUACCCUA